GCAAAGACCUCGACACCAGAGCGACGAUCGGCUUCAAGGCGAACGAAGCCUUUCGGUGCCAUUGCCCACCAAGAAACACCCCGCCAAUCUCGUGAGCCCCCGAACCACCCAACUGCCUAUCAAUUCACUCAUCCUCGCAACCAAUCGGCACAAUGUCCGGCGCCGACGCCCCCGAGAUCAUAGCGGCGUAUGAUGCCGUACGCUCCGACAAAGACGAGACAAACUGGCUUCUAAUCUCGUACGCCUCGGCCGUGGGCGACAAGCUGAAGCUGUCGGCGAUGGGCAAAGGCGGGCUGUCGGAGCUGGCGUCCAACCUCGACGACGGCCAGGCCCAGUACGGCUACGUGCGCGUCGAGUACGCCAAUGACAGCGAAAGCAGGCGCGUCAAGUUCGCCCUCAUCAUCUGGAUUGGCGAGAACACCAAAGUCAUGCGCAAAGCUCGCGUCAGCAUUGAGAGCGGUGCUGUCAAGAGGGUGCUGGGACAUCAUAGCAUCCAGGUCGAUGCACGUGACAAGAGUGAUCUGGACGAGAAGGACAUUGUUGUGCGGUUGCGGAAGGCGGGUGGUGCUGAUUACAAUGGGGGAAGGGGUUAACUGGAGCGGUCAUACUGGUUGGCUUGCGCGAGGCAUUGGGGAUGGGCGGUGGCUCUUUGCACAGUUGGUUUGGAUAGAGAAUACAGCAUCUAAGCGUCGGGGUUCAAUUAACAUGUUUUCUGGCGUCCUAAGUCCUGAAGCCUGCGGGAUCCCACGUUUGUUGUAUACAAAAUCAUCCGUCACGAACACACACCUGAUGAGUACAGAUCUCGCUUAGUCAUGGACCAUGGUGGGGUUAAAGCUUGUCCUCCAGAUUGCCCCUCCAGCAACACUACCAGCA